AUGGGCAGCUCUUUAGGCUCUCCCCAGAGACCGCUGCCUGUUCCUGCCCACAGGCACACAAAGUCUAGGCCUUGGCCUGCCUGCGUUCAGCAAGGCCGUGGCCCCAAGACUGCUGCCCUUCGGAACCCCCACACACCCCAAAGGGUGGUGGGGACCUGGAGGCGGUCCUCCAUCAGACCUCCCUCAGAGGCCACCUUGGGCCUUGAGCUCUCCAGCGCCUGGGACGCCUAUAUGAAACGAUGGCUUUGGAGUGUACGGAACCCUGGAUGGACCAGCAGCCCGGUGACUGUCAAGAUUGCCCCUCGUGAGGGCAGAGACAGCCCCCUGACCUCUCUGGGCCAGGGAAUACACCCUGCAGAGCAUUCUGAGGAGCUUCCAGACCCUUGUGCCAAGGAGACAGUGCUGAGGGCUCUCAGCCAGUGCAAGAAGGGGAUUAGGCGAUUUGAUGGGCCGCUGUGGUUUGAAGUCCUAGAGGUGACAAACAGAAGACAAAAACCAGAGCCCAAGCCUUCGUCAGCCUUUAAACCCAGGAUAAAAAAUGGAGUGGCUGUUUCUUUCAUUCCAAAGCCUGGGCCUCUGGACCACAGCCUCAACUGCUCGAGCCUCAACGCUUGUAAGAAGGCAACUGACCUACAGCCCUGUAUCCAUGCAGCCAGAGGAGCCAUACCAGAGCCUCACAUGGAAAGCUGUGGCAAGACCCAAGCCUCCUGUGACCCCUGUCUACCCCCUGUGCCAAAGACUGGAGCCUUUAGAGUUCCCUUGGUGGAUGAGAAUGUCCGUUCUACUACCUCUCCUGACUUCUAA